CGUGGCCGAGGCUGAGGCUGAGCGGUGGGCCGAACCGCUGCGCAGGCAACGUGGAAAUCCAGUUCCUUGGAAGCUGGGAGAAGGUGUGUGGAUACCUGUGGAACAUGGAAGAUGCUGAGGUUGCGUGCAGGCAGCUCGACUGCGGAUCACCCCUUGGAGUGAUGCACAAUUUCCCUUCGAGUGACUCAUACCCGUACUUGAUCACGGAGGUGAAUUGUGCAGGGUAUGAAGACAAUUUGUUGCAGUGCCCCUACAGCUACCAGUACUAUGUCUGUCAUCAUGGAGAUGCUUCUGUCAUAUGCUCAGAUUCAGGACUAACAGUGCCUCCACCAGCAGUGAGAGCUAUCUCCAGCGAGACGCCCCCCAUGCUAUGGACCACAGGGACAGGCUCCUGUGGUGGCUUACUGCAGGGUCUGUGGGGCUCCAUCAAGAGCCCAGGCUACCCCAACUCCUACCCCAACAAUGCCCGCUGCGUGUGGCGCAUUCAGCUGUGGGACCCGGCCCGCAGAGUGGAGCUCCGCUUUUCGGAUGUGGAGCUGGAAGGCAGCAGCUGCUCCUACGAUGCCAUCGAGGUGUUCGAUGGCGGGUCCCCCGGGGGACGGCUCCUGGGCACUGUUUGCACCAACACCUCUCGAGUCUUCACAUCCUCCGGGCACCAGCUCACCGUCCUGUUUCACAGUGACAUCAGCAUCACCAGGAGAGGUUUCCUGGCCUACUAUUCCUCAUUUCUUGCCUUCAACAGCACUGCAGCACCAGGUACUUCCAGCUGGACAACUACUGUGACAUCAACCUCAGAAGAUUACUCUUGUGGUGGCUUGCUUUCCUCUUCAUCUGGUAGAUUACAGAGUCCAUUUUAUCCCCAAAAUUAUCCAAACAAUGCCAACUGUGUGUGGGAAAUAGAAGUAAAGAGCAACUUCCUUGUCACACUUAGAUUUGAAGAUAUUCAGAUGGAAGGUGGCAGAUGCCUCUCUGACUACAUAGAAGUUUAUGAUGGGCCCCUGCACACCUCUCCUCUCCUUGGGAAGUUCUGUUCUGGUUAUUAUCGCACAUACACGUCCUCCUCAAACCUGAUGACUGUCCGAUUCCACAGCAACUCUCGAUACACAUACAGAGGGUUUCGGGCCUACUAUUACUCCACUAUAGCAGAUUCAAGCACUACACUGCUGUGUUUGCCAGACUACAUGCAUGUAGUUGUGAGCAGAUACUUCCUUCAGUCCCAUGGCUAUUCUGUUUGGGAUCUCACCUUGAAUGACCCCCUUUGCACACCCAACAUCACAUCAGAGGCUGUUGUAUUCGACAUUCCGUACACUCGCUGCGGCACAGUCAGAGAGGGAAACAACAACACAAUCAGCUAUUCCAACGUUAUUAAAGGGUCUUCUUCUGGUGCUGUAAUCACAAGAAACAGAAACCUUCACCUGCAUGUCAACUGCAAGAUGCUCGAGGACACAUGGGCACAAACGAUGUACGUCGCAGACAACAAUUUUGAAGUCAAUGAAACUCAGUACAGCAGAUAUGAUGUGAACCUCACGUUUUAUGACUCUUCAUACUUCUCACGGCCGGUGUACGACUCACCAUACUAUGUCCAUAUCAACCAGAACUUGUUCCUUCAAGCCUACCUGCACAGCUCUGAUCCAAACCUGGUGCUCUUUCUGGACACGUGUGUGGCAUCUCCAGCUCCCCAUAACUCUACGGCAGUAACCUAUGAUAUAAUCAGGAAUGGGUGUGCUCGAGAUUCUACCUAUGCUGCAUAUUAUUCACCCCACAGACACAUCCUGCGAUUUAAAUUCACGGCCUUCCAGUUUGUUUGGAGCGAUCCAGUGGUUUACCUGCGGUGUGAACUGGUGGUGUGCAGGGCCUAUGACUACUCUUCCAGGUGCUACCAAGGCUGUAUUAACAGGCCCAAGAGAGAGGCAAGCUCUGGCCUAGAAAGUGUGAUAGUUAUUGCUGGCCCAAUACAGCUUCGGGAACCUGGUUCUGAGAAUAGGAAUGAACCCGAAUCUAAAUAAAACUGUCUCCUUUGACAGAUAGAUCUUUAAAUGCCAGUUGAAUUCUGAAAGAAACUGUGCUGCUAGAUUACCAGAAGCUCUAGAAUAAACAUUAGGAAUAUG